AUGGAAUUGAAUAAAUUAAAACGUGAGCCGCUUGCUAUCGAAGAAUUAAUUGCGAAAAUGAAAGAAGUUGAAGAAGCUGAAGCUAAACCAAGGUUUUUAACUCGUCAAGAACGUGAAGCAUUAGCGUUAAAGAAACGUGAAGAAGAAGUUGCACGACAACGUGAAACACAACGUGAUUUAAUUGAAAAGAGAAAAGCGUUUUUACAAAAUGCUAAAAAACAUGAAAAAGAUCGAGAUCGUGAUCGUGAACGUCGUGAUCAACGUGAUCGAGAUCGAGAAAGAGAUAAAGAUUUUGAACGUGAGAAGGAAAGAAGACGAAGUCGAAGUCGAGAACAUGAUAGUCGAAGAAGUCGUAGUAGAAGUCGUGAAAGACGAACUAACCGUGAGGAAAAGGAUGGAGACAAUGAAGUGAAAGAGGAUAAAGAAACAGAUCGAGAUUUGGAAAAAUUAAAUGAAGCAAUCCGCCAACGGUAUUUAGGUGGUCAACGUGAAAAACGUAAACGUGGUCGUCGCCUUCAUGAACGAAAAUUUAUUUUUGAUUGGGAUGCUGGAGAGGACACAUCAAAUGAUUAUAACAAAUUAUAUCAAAAUCGACAUGAAGUGCAGUUCUUCGGCCGUGGUUCUAUUGCUGGUAUGGAUGUCAAUGCACAGAAAAAGCAGAAAUCCGAAUUGGAAGGUGUGAAGAAAAAGGCGAAGAAAGAGGCAUUCGAUAAUCGACAUUGGUCUCAAAAGUCUUUAGAGCAAAUGAACGAAAGAGAUUGGCGCAUAUUUCGUGAAGAUUUUAAUAUUGCAAUUAAAGGAGGUCGGGUACCGAAGCCGUUUCGUUCAUGGGAGGAAGCCAGUUUACCAAAAGAAGUUUAUGAUGUUAUAUUAAAAAUUGGUUACAAGGAACCAACACCUAUACAAAGGCAAGCUAUUCCUAUUGGUCUUCAGAACCGUGAUAUUAUUGGAGUAGCUGAAACAGGUUCUGGUAAAACAGCUGCAUUUCUUAUACCGCUUUUAGUAUGGAUAACUUCCUUGCCUAAAAUUCAAAUCAGUGAAGAACAAGACUCGGGACCAUACGCCAUAAUUAUGGCACCAACUCGUGAACUUGCUCAGCAGAUUGAAGAAGAAACAGUCAAAUUUGGUCAGUUAUUAGGAAUUCGUACAGUUUCAGUUAUUGGUGGAGCAUCACGUGAGGAACAAGGCCUUAAGCUUCGUCUUGGCGUUGAAGUGGUGAUUGCCACCCCAGGUCGUUUACUUGAUGUUCUAGAAAAUCGAUAUUUAUCACUUGAUCAGUGUACAUAUGUCAUAUUGGAUGAAGCGGAUCGCAUGCUCGAUAUGGGUUUUGAACCUGAAGUACAAAAGACAGUGAUGUUCACGGCAACAAUGAGUCCUGCUAUUGAACGACUGGCAAGGGCGUACUUAAGAAGGCCAGCAGUUGUUUACAUAGGUUCAAUAGGUCGACCAACUGAACGCGUUGAACAGAUUGUUUAUAUGAUUGGUGAAGAAAAUAAGCGUAAAAAGCUUGUUGAAAUCAUUUCCUCAGAUGCUUUUGAACCGCCAAUAAUUAUAUUCGUCAAUCAAAAAAGAGGUGCAGAUAUGCUUGCUAAAGGUCUUACAAAACUGGGUUUUGCACCGUGUGUAUUACAUGGUGGCAAAGGACAAGAUGCACGAGAGUAUUCUUUGGCAGCUCUAAAGGAUGGUACGAGAGAUAUUCUUGUAGCAACAGAUGUUGCUGGUCGAGGUAUUGAUAUAAAGGAUGUCUCGCUUGUUCUUAAUUAUGAUAUGGCUAAAACAAUUGAAGAUUACACUCAUCGAAUAGGACGAACAGGACGUGCUGGUAAACAUGGUAAGGCAAUAACAUUUUUAACGCCAGAAGAUCGGGAAGUGUUUUACGAUUUGAAACAAUGCCUGUUAGAGAGUCCAAUAUCGACAUGUCCACCUGAAUUAGCAAAUCAUCCUGAUGCGCAACACAAACCGGGUACAUUUGUUAUUAAAAAACGACAGGAUGAAACUCUUUAUCGUAAUUAA